AUGGCGCUUAAGCAAUUAGGAAUUUUAUUAUUGCUAGUGAUAUUAUCAACAGAUGCAGUUCGAGUGAAACGACAGAGUGAUGAUAAAGAGAAAAAGAGUGCAGCAGAAUAUGAGCAAGAAUUGUGCAAAGAUAAGGAUGCUGGUGAAUGGUUUCGUUUAGUAGCACAUGAGGGUGAUGGUUGUCGUGACGUUAUCCAAUGUACAACAUCGGGUCUUCAAGCUAUCCGUUGUCCAGCUGGUCUCUUUUUCGAUAUUGAGAAGCAAACGUGUGAUUGGAAGGACGCUGUCAAAAACUGCAAACUCAAGAAUAAAGAAAGAAAAGUAAAGCCACUUCUGAUAACAGAUGAACCAUUAUGUCAAGACGGAUAUCUCGCAUGUGGUGAUGGCAAUUGUAUAGAACGUGGAUUAUUCUGUAAUGGAGAGAAAGAUUGUAACGACGGUUCCGAUGAGAACUCAUGUGACAUCGACAACGAUCCAAAUCGUGCUCCACCUUGCGAUCCAGCUGUAUGCGUUCUUCCUGAUUGUUUCUGUAGCGAAGAUGGAACAACAAUUCCUGGUGAUUUGCCAGCUAAGAAUGUUCCUAUGAUGAUUACAAUCACUUUUGAUGAUGCCAUCAACAACAAUAAUAUCAAUUUGUACAAAGAAAUGUUCAAUGGAAAGAGAAAGAAUCCUAAUGGAUGUAACAUAAAAGCAACUUUCUUUGUUUCUCACAAAUACUCCAACUACUCAGCUAUCCAGGAUAUUCACAGACAAGGACACGAGAUAGCAGUUCAUUCGAUUACUCACAAUGACGAUGAAAGAUUUUGGUCAAAUGCCACAGUUGAUACAUGGGCUAAAGAAAUGGCUGGACAGAGAAUUAUAGCAGAGAAAUUUGCCAAUAUCUCUGAUAAUUCAAUUGUCGGUCUUCGUGCUCCAUAUCUUCGCGUUGGUGGAAAUAAUCAAUUUACAAUGAUGGAAGAGCAAGCAUUUUUGUACGAUUCAACGAUUACAGCUCCAUUACACAAUCCACCAUUAUGGCCAUACACUAUGUAUUUCCGUAUGCCACAUCGAUGCCAUGGUAACUUACAAACAUGCCCGACAAGAAGUCACGCUGUUUGGGAAAUGGUCAUGAAUGAAUUGGAUAGACGUGAGGAUCCAUCAAUUGACGAAGAUAUUCCCGGAUGUGCUAUGGUUGAUUCAUGCUCAAACAUUUUAACAGGUGACCAAUUCUACGCCUUCUUAAACCACAAUUUCGAGAGACAUUAUGAUCAAAAUCGUGCACCAUUGGGUCUCUAUUUCCACGCUGCAUACUUGAAGAACAAUCCAGAAUUCCUCGAAGCUUUCCUCUACUGGGUUGAUGAAGUUCUUGCCAAUCAUAAUGACGUCUACUUUGUAACAAUGACACAAGUAAUUCAAUGGAUGCAAAAUCCACGUCAAUCAUCAGAGAUUAAGAACUUCGAUCCAUGGAAGGAGAAGUGUGCCGUCGAUCCAUCAUCACCACCAGCAUGCUGGGUACCAAAUGCCUGUAAAUUGAUUUCAAAGGAAGUUCCCGGCGAGACAUUGAAUCUUCAAACUUGCAUGCGCUGUCCAAAUAACUAUCCAUGGACUCAAGAUCCAGAAGGCAACGGAUUCUUCCCAUAA